AUGGCCACCAACUAUAAUUCGCGUGUGGAGGCAGAAAUUGGCUCCGAAACACCACCGCCCAGGACAGAGCAUGUCGGUGUUAAAGAACAAAAUCUCGUUAAGCUACUGUCGAGACAGAGAAGGACGUUGAGAGGGAUGCUCAAGGCAGGAAUGAGGAUGCAGUCAAAUGUACUGGAGGCAACUAGAGCUGCGUUCAGAGAGGAACUCGAAGCGAGCCUGCGUUCAAAGUACAAAUUGGCUGCUAUUAAUAAAGAACUGGAGGAAACCAAGAAUUUCAUUCACGAGCUCGGCGCAACUGAAGAAAAGUUGGAGGCGGCCAAAUGGAAGUUGAAGGAUGUGAUGAAGGAGCUCGACGGAACUAAGAAGGAAGAGAAAAUCAAUUCCGCAAAACGAGAGGGAACGAAGAGGGCAGGCCCGGCCAAGGUGGAGGAGAGAGACAAAACAAAGACUGAAAAGCCAAAGGACCGGGGAAAGCUCUCUCAGGAAGAGGCUGAGAAGCAAGCUACAACCUGCAAGAUUGGGCGAGAAAGUAAAGGAAUUCAACAUGACGACUCAAGCUGA